GGCAGGUGCAAAGCCUCUCUCACAUCUCACAGUAGUAGUUCUGGUAGAAUCCCUGAUAAUGAGCCCACAUGUUCCUGGGCAGCACGUGUGCCUGUAGGGUCUGCUUUGUGUAAAUAAUUUAAACACAUUUUCAUUGCACAGCUCUGUAGUGCCCAGGUGUUAAUGCUGUUUUCUUGGCCACCUUAUCCCAGCUUGUCAUGUAGGGCAGUGAGCAUCUACCUGCACUUCCUUAGUUCUUUACAUUUUGCUGAACAAUACGGUGGUGAAAAAUGAACUUACAGUUGUGAAGUGCAAGGCUCAGUUUCUUAUCUCUGAAAAUCCUCCCAAAAUACUGGGUGGUUCAAAGGGCGGUUUGAGGUGGGUACAGGUUGUCAUGGCUGCUGCUGAUGUCACAGUCCCACAAUGAGCUGUGGAUACCCUGUGAGAGCUGUUCCACAUACACCUGGUAGUUCCAUCAUUUUCAAUGCAUCCUGGUUGGUCGGGCAGGUGAGUCUGUUGGCUCAACCACACCUUGAGCCCACUCCAGUGCAGUCCCUCCUUCCCAGGGCAUGAGAGUUUCCUUCUCCCUGCCUGGGCCUGCUGCCAGUGUGUGUCAUGGAGCCCUCUGAGUUGUUGGCUUUGCAAGUCUGCAGUGGGCUGGUAUUUCACAGCUAAUCCUCUUCUUGCUGAAAGAGGUGGAGUAGUUGUCUGUGCAGAAUAUAUUGUUGGGUAAAUCAUAAACAUUACUGUGAAUUGGAAUUAAAAACUUGACCCAACUACUCAGCUCUGGUAUAGAAAUUAUUUUGCUGGGCUUAAAGACCUAAGCCUGCUGCCAGUGCUGUCCUUUACAGCAGGAGAGCCUUUGCCAUGGAAAACUGCCUUUUUUCAAUCUGUGUAGAGAAAUUGCAGUUUAUGGGAUGUGGGACCAGGUCAGGCAGGGCUUUUAGUCUUCCACAACUACCAAUGGGUUGGACAUGUUGUAUUCAAAGAAGGAUGGAUGGGAUUUCCAGCUUUAGGCAUUACAGAGGAAGGAGGCGGAAACAUAAUGAGUAAAGUGAACUGUAACAACAGGUUAGUAGGCCUGUGGUCACUAUCAUAUAGUUGGGUUUUGCUGAUGAGAAGGGAGUAAGUUCUGAGUUUGAUACAAGAUGCCCAAAUACACAUAAUCAUCCCUUCUCUUUCCCCUGUAACUUGUUUCUGUUGUACCAGACUGCCAAGGUACAAAGCCUUGUUCUGGGAGGUCCAACCCCAGAAAGCACAUGGCUGCAAUUUGUGAAUCUUUGUAUCAAAACUGCUAUUUUCACAUUCAUUUGGUCCCACCCAACCCAGCCUUGGCUGCUCAGAGCAGCAGGUGUUGCCUGUUUUGAGCCUGUGCUGUGCAAUUGCCUUUGCUACUUCCACUCCUUUCCCCAGCAGCACAGUAAACUGAGGUGUGAGAGGAAGCUAUGGCAUCCAAGGAGUCGGCCUCCUUCGUGGACAGAACCACCUGGGAUUUCCUCAACCUACUGGACAUGCUGGGGAGCCGGAAUGGACGUGUGGGUGUGAUGGAGGUGGACCAUGCUGAGUCAAGAGCUCCCUCAUUGCUGGUGGAUUUUACCCGGGACCUGUGCGGCACAGGGGACAUCAAGCACAAACCACAGCAGGCAGAGAAUGAGGGAAAGGAAGAUGAGGACCUGGUUCCCCCACACCUGAUUUUUAUGCUAUGGCAAGCCAGUGUGUUGAAAAGGCUCAUGCAGUGGGAUCACCUGGAGGAAGCUGUCCGGGACGUGAGGAGCCUCCUCCCCUGCCUGCCAAAUGUGCUGGUGCUUGUGAUGAUCCGUCCUGACUCCCAGGAGCAGCUGGACCAGGCAGUGAGAGCGCUGAGGAGAAUGCAGUGUGUGCUGGAUGGGGCCCUGCAACUGACUGUAGAGACUGCAAUUUACAGCCCAGGCCAGCCUGGAGGUGUCCUGGAGGCAAAGAAAGCUGCCUGUAGGGCACUGAGAGAAGCCUUGAACUGCCAUGAAGAAGUCGACUCCCAAGAGCCAUUUGUUAUUUCACUCCCGGAGCUCCGAUACUGCCGAGUUCUGCCUGAACGUAGGCAAGAGAAGAUAUCAAAGACAGAUGGAGAAUGAAUUCCCUUGGGCAGCCGAACCUGUCAGGUUGGUUUUAGCACUGUCCUGCUGGAUGUCCCAUUGCAGAACACUUCCUUCCUGCUCACUUGCUUGUCUGCCCAGACCUUCUGCAUGGAUGAGAUUCAGUGUGUGGCUGCUGCCAGAAGGGGACAGUGUGCCCUCAGCAUCGCACUGUCCUUGCCACAAAGCUCAGAAUUCUUUGCUGAGUUGGCCGAACAAUCUGCCCCGGGAAACUUUUAUCAAAAAUCACGGGGUUUCUGCUUUGCAUUAAAUGCCUUGUUUAUCAAAAUGUCCCUAAGAAAGCUGUCAGCAGAAAGGGAAUCAGAGCAGGCCAGAAGCCUCUAGAUUUGAAACUGUCCCAAAACUGAAAUAGUGAGAGAAAAUCAAGACUAAGGCCUCAGACCAUGUUUUCCCAGGAGAACCUGGAUGGAGGAGUUUUUAGUACUUAGUUCUCAUCAGGAACAAAGCUCCUGAAACUCUCCCAGGUUCUUUGUAGCAGGGGGUUGACCUUCCAUACAAGCAUGUACACAUCCAGCAGAUUGAGUUUCUGGGAUGGGUUAUUUUGGAUGGGAGGAACUGUGGGAGCAGUAGAAUAUUUUUAAGUCCAAUUACCCACAUAAUAGCUGAAUUAAUUUCCCAUCCUCUCUGGGCAUGACAAAGCACUAUAGGUAGCUACACUUCUUUUGCAUUGGGAGUUUAUAUGUAUUUUUUCUCUGGUGUCUUUUGUAGAUCUUUUGUCAUC